GGCGGCCGGGGGCGGCAGGCAACGGCUGAGGCGACGGCGGCGUGGGUUGGGCUCUAGCGGGCGGUGGCACCUCAGACUCCCUGGAGCGGGAGCCCACACGGGCGGGCGCCUGAAACAAAGGGGAGCGGGAGAAGGGGCGCCGCGGGUGGGCGGUCAUUCGGUCAGCGCGGAGCCGGCCAGCGGGUGCCCGCGCUUCCCCGUAGCCCGGCCGGCCGGCACGGCCUCAGGGCGGGAAGAUGCCGCGCGUCGUGCCCGACCAGAGAAGCAAGUUCGAGAAUGAAGAAUUCUUCAGAAAGCUGAGCCGCGAGUGUGAGAUUAAGUACACCGGCUUCAGGGACCGGCCCCACGAGGAGCGCCAGGCGCGCUUCCAGAACGCCUGCCGCGACGGCCGCUCGGAGAUCGCUUUUGUGGCCACAGGAACCAAUCUGUCUCUCCAGUUUUUUCCGGCCAGCUGGCAGGGAGAACAGCGACAAACACCUAGCCGGGAGUAUGUCGACUUAGAAAGAGAAGCAGGCAAGGUGUAUUUGAAGGCUCCCAUGAUUCUGAAUGGAGUCUGUGUUAUCUGGAAAGGCUGGAUUGAUCUUCAGAGACUGGAUGGUAUGGGAUGCCUGGAGUUUGAUGAGGAGCGAGCCCAGCAGGAGGAUGCAUUAGCACAACAGGCCUUUGAAGAGGCUCGGAGAAGGACACGUGAAUUUGAAGAUAGAGACAGGUCACAUCGGGAGGAAAUGGAGGUGAGAGUUUCACAGCUGCUGGCAGUAACUGGCAAGAAGACAACAAGACCCUAGUCCUGGUUCCAAUUUAGGUGGUGGUGAUGAUCUCAAACUUCGUUAAUAGUAGCACAGCAAAUGUGCUGCCCAUCUUUACAAACACAUUGCUUCUAGUUGGCAGAAAUAAUUCAUUAUAAGACCAGAAACUGUGAUAACUGGAGGUACUACGGUCUAUUUCUCAAACCUAAGGCAGUAAAAGACAUCACAAACUGCCAUGGUUUUGCACUAUGAUUAUAAUACCUACAUUUCUAAUUUUUAAAGCAUGUAGCCAGUAAUAAUUUCAAAUUUUUUUCUAUGCAAGCUUACCUUGUUGGCAUUAUUUUAAUUCAGUUGAAACUAUCAAUUUGUAAAGCUCUUUUUUCCUCCAUUCUAAUUUAAAGUUCAUGUCAUUUUAAAACAAAUUUAAGUUUUUAAUCCAGAGGGCUUUCUUUAAUCAGUUGCUUUUUUUUAAUAUACUUUUAGAUGUGUUGGUUACAGUUUCUUUUUAAAUAGGCAGUCUUGGUUUGUUUGUUUGUUUCUUUUUUCCUGCAUUUCCUUUUGUUUUUAUUGUCUAUUGCAUUUAAAAAUUGUUGAUACGUUUGCAUUAUUUACAAGCUGAAAACCUAGUAGCAUAGAACUGUCUGCCACAGCCUUCUACCACAAAGUUUACAGUUGUUAAAGUUGCAGUAUCCUUUUAAAUGCUAAUAAUGAGCACCCUUUCUUUCCUUUUUAAACAUAAAAAAUUUAAAUUUUUAUUAACUCUGUAAUCUGCCCCAGGUGUGUUUUAGAUUCUGCUUUGUAAUCAUGAGUUUGGGUGGAGAUAUUCUCCAUAGAUGAUAACAUUCUACUGAAAUGCCUAAAGAAGUCACAGGCUGGCUUCUGUUUUAUUCAGGGAUUUUUUUUUAAAUCAAUCAAAAGGGAUACUGGAGCUUCUUUAUGUAUGUAACAACAUAUUAAACUGGAGACAGUGAUGAAUCAGCUACAAAGGUAAUAUUGUAUUAAAAUCAUGUUUAAGAUAGCUGCUUUUAUGUGUUUUAUAGUGCAUGCUUUUGUAAAAACAAUACUGGGUAAUGAAAGAUUAGUCUUAGAAAAUGUUCAUCUGUGCAGAGGAUACAUUUUCUUUAUUCUGGGGGAAAACAUUCACAAUUAUAUAUGGUAUUUUGCAAAAGGACUAUUAUUAGCACCUUUUGAGAUGAAUAGUUAAGAAUAUUUUUUAAAUAGGCUUACUGUCAAAUUGGGUGCAACUUUUUUUUUUUAAUACAAGACUGGAAGAAAGUGCUGAGUCAUUUGGCACAAACUUACAAAUACUUUUCAUGGUCAUGUUCAUUAAAUGUUAAUACAUUUCUGAAUUUUUGCAAAAAUGUAUUUUAUCAUAACAAAAUGGCAUUAUUUUGAAGAGUAGAAAAACUGACACACAAUUCAGAAAAUGAAAUCUGAAUAAGGUCAUUGCAUUUAAAAAGCAUAUAAAUAUACUUGAUUGAUGAAGGAGGUGUGAUUUUCAAUGUAUAUAGGUCUUUUAAUUCAUAAACAGAUAUCCUGUAUCAGAAUAAAAAAUAUUUGUUAUAUAUUUGAAGUCAUGCAUGGUAAGGAGUGUGUUUAAAUUGUUAUAAACAGUAAUACAUCAUAAAAAACCAUGCUGAUCUUGUGUAACUAAGUACUAUGAAUGAAUUUGGUUGGUAUUUGGUGUUGUGCAGCUCACAUGUUUACACACUCAGUGCCCUAAUUUCCCCUGAGGGAAUCGCCUUUUAAGUGAUCCUUACAGUGGUGUUUUAAGGUUACUUUAUCACAGAGCUCCUUGGUUUUUGACUUCUGCACUUAAUAUUUUUUUAAUAACAUGAUGAUGGUACAUUUUUCUCUAUUGCUUCCAGCUAAGGGCUUUUAGUCCACCAGUAUAAGAUCAAAUGUUAAUAAAUAAAUGUUCCUGUUGCCAUUCUUCUGUAAAUACUGGAUUUCCCCGUGUCGUUUAGUACUGUGUUGCUUCUGUCUGUCUUAAUGCUGGCAUUAAGAUUAUAAGCCCCUUUUUCUCCAGUAGUUCAGGCCUUGAAAACUACUUUUUUUAAGUUAUUGAUGCAAUUUGAUAUGUUUUCAUAAUCCAUAUUUAAGCAAAAUUACAUCAUUGUAUCAGCUUUUCUAAAUUCAUCUCCAUCAAAACUUGCCUUAAGCUACCAGAUUGCUUAUGCCACCAUUAGCCAUUCUGUGUGUUACAUGUUUUACUUUCACAAUAAACUUAUGUGUAGUGAAAAAUA